GGAUGCUUUCGUUGCGACGUAGAGUUACGCGUGUCACGUGGGAUCAUGAAAAGUUUCUCCAUGAAUCUUGAGAAGUAGGCCGCCAUUCUCUUUAGCAUUAAGAGUUUUAAUACUCGAAACAGUCUUACAACAACAGCUGCGCGCGCUAUAAGCCGUGUGGACUUUAAAAUAAAUUAUUCAACAUUCUUAAAAUAGUCAUAAAAAAAUGUACCAAUAAGCAUAUAAAAAGUAUUAAUUAAUCUGUUCUGCGAUAAGUAUAUUCAAGUAAUCGUGUAGAAAAAAUUUAAUCAUGUCGAUGAACAUAUUUGUAUAUAGCCUGUUCCUGGUUGGUGUCAGUACGGCAUACAGCAUCGUGAAUUCAAAUGAAAAUAUAGCUUUUAAAUUUCAAGGACUAAUGGCUCCAGUAUUUACACCAUUUAAUAAUGACGAAAAUCGAACGCUGAAUUUAGCAAUUAUUCCUGAAUAUGCGAAAUUUCUUGCGUCAAAAAACAUUUCUGGUAUUCUCAUUGGAGGAACAACGGGAGAAGGAACAUCCUUAACGAUAAAUGAAAGAAAACAACUAGCUGAAGCUUGGGCUAAAGCAGUAAAUGAAACCAAGCAGCAUUUAAUGGUUCAAAUCGGUGGAACAACAUUGGUUGAUGUUAAGGAACUUGCGGCCCAUGCAGAAAAUUUAAAAGUAGACUCAUUACUUUGCCUGCCUGACCUAUACUUCAAACCGUCUAACACUGAGGAUCUCAUAGAAUAUCUAAGUAUUGUCAGCCAAUCUGCACCAAAUACACCUUUAUUAUAUUAUCAAUCUACAAAAGCAAAAACAAACAUUCGUGCAGGAGAAUUCUUGAAAUCUGUUGGAAAUAGGAUUCCGACCUUGGUUGGAGUGAAAUUAGAUAGCAGUGAUAUAAAAGAAGGAAUCGAUGCACUUGCAACAAGCAAUAGAUUUGUAGUGUUCUACGGCAGCAAAAUGGUCAUAUCAGCUGGAUGUGUAAUAGGCGUUAAAUCCUUUAUGUCUGCGACACUAAAUUUCAUUCCUAAUCCCUCAUUCAAACUCAUGGAAUUUUGUGAAGGACAUGCCAAUUUGAAAACAGCGAUGGAAAGUCAGAGUUAUCUAAAUGAAAUAGAAAAAAAUAUACUUCAACAUGGUGGGUAUGUUGAAACAAUGAAAACUGCAAUGACUUUGUUGAGCAAUCUAUCCAUGGGACCACCACGUGCUCCGUUAAAACUUCUUUCUAAGGAAUCUGUAGACGCCAUGUCAUCAGGCUUAUCGAAGAUCGGUUUGAAAAUUAAUGGAUCAAUUGCUUUUUCGAUGUCCUGAUAUUUAAAUACAAAAUAUUGAGUUGUUCUAAGUUAAUUCAAAAAAUAUAAACGUAUGCACGGACCUGAAUUGUAUUCAUAUGUGAAAUGCGUUGAACAGAGCUGUAAUAUUAGCGCUCGUACAGUACGUAACUUUACGGUGCUUUUGCGCCCCUUGAUUUGAUUUAAAUAUAGUACGUUAUGACUCAGUACUACAUGAAAA